AUGCACAUGUUCACGGUCGAAUGCGAUUCCACCUAUGAAUCGGAGUCUGCAACCGACGUUGGGUUGCAACUUCCGGUUAACCAGGCCGCUGCCAGAUGGAACCCAGACCCGGCCAUCCUCCGGGUGGACGACACGUACUACAUCGCCGUCUCAUCCUUCACGUACUUUCCCGGCGUGCCCAUCUAUCGCUCCCGAGACCUCGCCAACUGGGAGCUCGUCUCGCAUGCCCUCCAGGAACCCCAGCAGCUCCAGCUCAACGGCAUUUCUUCCGGCAACGGUAAGCCCCAUGUCCUCGAGGAGAACUUUCAUGCUGAGGAUUCAUUUUCAACAGGUGUCUGGGCGCCUGGGUUUUCGCACAUCGAUGGCCGCUUCUACAUCACUUCGAUGACGCGCUGGGGCGAUGAUCCCGAUAACCGCACCUGGCCGCGUAUCUGGUGGACGUCCUCGGAGGAUCUCGAGACGUGGACGGACCUCGUUUGGGCGGAACCGUAUGGCAUCGACCCGGAGCUGUUCCGUGACCCCGACUCUGGAAAAACGUACCUUCUCCUCAUGGGCCCGAAUAACAACCACGACCGCGUAUGGGGCAUCACCCAGUGUGAGGUUGACCUUCGAUCCGGCAAGUGUAUCGGCCCAUACUUCAACACAUGGAAUGGCACGUUGCCGCAUGAUGCAAAAUCUCGGCCAGAAGGCCCCAAAAUGUUCAAGCGUGAGGGGUGGUACUACUUACUGCUCGCCGAAGGUGGGACGAGUACCGGACACCGGGCGACCAUCGGCAGGUCGAAAAGUCCAGAGGGGCCGUGGGAGGCAGCGCCAAAUAACCCUCUCAUCUAUAACGGAGCAGACCAGACAUUGACUAUUCAGUCCACGGGACAUGCGACCUUUACUGAGACGCCCGGUGGUGCGUGGUUUGCUUCCCUCCUCGCGAGGCGCAACGUCAAAGGUGCCUCGCCGCUAGGGCGUGAGGCCUUUCUCGUCAAUGUGACAUGGGCCGAUGGAUGGCCUACCAUGAACGGCGGACGGUACCUUUUGCCAAGCCAGUUCACAGAGGGGAACGUUGUUCGCAAGCCUUGGAUCGAAAAUUUUGAGGGCGCAAAGCUCGACCUCAGCUGGUACCAGGUCCGAACACCAUAUACAGAGAACUAUCGUCUCCUCGGCGCGGCGGGCAACAGCACUGCUGGAAAGAUGACGGGCGGCCUCGUUUUCCACCCAAAUGUCUUCACUCUCAGCGACCGGGAUGUCCCCGCAGCACUCUUCCACAAGCAAACGUCCUUGAACAUGACGUUUUCGGCGACACUGCUGCCUACUACGGGCGUUCUCGGACCACGACAGCAGCAAUUCGAGACCAGGCAAAUGGCCAACGGCCAGGGUUACUCGGUUUUCGAGGGUGCCAUGUUUGCGCUUUUUGCCAGCGGCGCCGGCGAGCCUUGGCCCUUUGACGCGCCGGAUGUGGGUUUCGGCAGCGUUGGGGAGGUCUUUCGUCAAGAAAACAUCCCGGACUUUGACGACUGGAGUGGAUAG